GAUCCCCGGCCCGAACCGAACCGAACCAGACCGUGCCGAGCCCGGCGGAGCCGAGCGGGUCCGGGCCGGGCCGCCAUGGACCCGCUGCGGGCCCAGCAGCUGGCGGCCGAGCUGGAGGUUGACAUGAUGGCCGACAUGUACAACCGGAUGACACAGGCGUGCCACCGAAAGUGCGUCCCCCCCCACUACAAGGACGCGGAGCUGUCGAAGGGGGAGAGUGUGUGCCUGGACCGCUGCGUGGCCAAGUACCUGGAGGUCCACGAGAGGAUGGGCAAGAAGCUGACGGAGCUGUCACUGCAGGACGAGGAACUCCUCAAGCGCGUGCAGCAGGGCACUGGCACUGCCUGAACCCCCCCGCUCCCCGUCACCCCAAUAAACUGGAGGCUUUGGGC